CUUGGCGCGCGUACGUGCUUGCGCGUGUGCGUGAGUGUGUGAGAACGCGAGCGCGCGCCCUGUACCGUUUCCUGUGCAGGCUCUUUUAUCCAAAGACGGAGCAUGGCGGCCACUGAGAUCGCCCGACAAGCGGGAGAAGGAGCGCGUGCAGUGCCGCUCUCUGGCCAUGUUGGCUUUGACAGCAUGCCUGACCAGCUGGUCAACAAGUCUGUUAACCAUGGCUUCUGCUUCAACAUCCUCUGUGUUGGGGAGACAGGUUUGGGAAAGUCCACACUCAUGGACACACUGUUCAACACCAAGUUUGAGAGCGAGCCGACUCAGCACAACCAGCCUGGAGUGCAGCUCAAGUCCCACACGUACGAGCUGCAGGAGAGCAACGUUCGUCUUAAGCUCACCAUCGUUAACACAGUUGGCUUCGGAGACCAGAUCAACAAAGAGGAAAGCUACAAAUCGAUUGUGGAGUUCAUCGAUGCUCAGUUUGAGGCCUACCUUCAAGAAGAGCUGAAGAUCAAGCGCACCCUGCACACUUAUCAUGACUCGCGCAUCCAUGCCUGUCUGUACUUCAUCGCACCCACUGGACACUCCUUAAAAUCUCUGGACCUUGUGACCAUGAAGAAACUGGACAGUAAGGUUAAUAUCGUCCCCAUCAUUGCUAAAUCUGAUGCCGUGUCGAAGAGUGAACUGGCCAAGUUCAAGAUUAAGAUUACCAGCGAGCUUGUGAGCAACGGAGUGCAGAUUUACCAGUUCCCCACUGAUGAUGAGACUGUGGCAGAGAUCAACUCCACCAUGAAUGGCCAUUUGCCAUUUGCAGUAGUGGGAAGUACUGAGGAAGUGAAGAUCGGGAACAAGAUGGUGAAAGCACGGCAGUACCCUUGGGGAACUGUUCAGGUGGAAAAUGAAAACCACUGUGACUUUGUGAAACUGAGAGAGAUGCUGAUCCGAGUGAACAUGGAGGAUCUGAGGGAGCAGACCCACACACGUCACUAUGAGCUCUACCGCCGCUGCAAACUGGAGGAAAUGGGUUUCAAAGACACCGAUCCUGAUAGCAAACCUUUCAGCCUUCAGGAGACCUAUGAGGCCAAGAGAAAUGAGUUCAUGGGUGAGCUGCAGAAGAAGGAAGAAGAGAUGAGGCAGAUGUUUGUUCAGAGAGUGAAGGAGAAGGAGUCUGAGCUGAAGGAGGCAGAGAAGGAGCUGCAUGAAAAGUUUGACCGUCUGAAGAAACUGCACCAGGAUGAGAAGAAAAAACUAGAAGAUAAAAAGAAGGCUCUUGAUGACGAGCUGAACAUCUUCAAGCAAAAGAAAACGGCAGCUGAACUCCUGCAGUCCCAGGCCCAGCAAGCAGGCAGCUCCACUACACUCAAGAGGGACAAAGAGAGGAAAAACUUCUUUUAAUUCUCUCGCCGCCACGUGUCUGAAGAGGGGAUUGCAGCUUCCUCAAGAACUAAGCACCUAUUUCCUCUUCCUGCCUUUCACCCUGUCAGCCUUUUUAUUUUUUUUAUUUUUUUUUUUCCUUCUGUUUUUUUGGAAACUUGGUUGUCUUAUUAGAUCAUAGUCAUAUGUGGGCUUCACAAUGUAUUUUCCAUAAAUGUAUUCGCUCUUUUCUAUUUAGGCACAGCACACGGUCCCACACUAAUAUUUUUAUAGCCUUUGUGAAAUACUGGAACCAAAGUUCUGGUAGUAAAAUGGAGAAUGAUGGAAGUAUUUAUUGUAAAAAAAAAAAAAAAAAUCAGUUUUUAUGCAUUUACUUACAUUAUAUAUUGCUUUUGCAUACUCAGCUUUCAUUUUACACCCCAAUCUUUAGCAUUUCCACAUCUGGGUUUCCCCUGAGAUGAUGUGUUGUGCGGUGACUCUGACUGUGAGAUAGAAAGACCCAAAGACAAUAGCAUGCUACCCGUUUCAUUUAUUAGAUUCUUUAUAAUGAAACCAUGGAAAAAAUCUUAAUCUUGUAGUGCACAGUUUAUUUAAGUCAGGCUGAUUUUAAAUUGAGUUCCAGUGAUGCAACACUAAAUCUUAAUUUCUUAUUGUCCUCUAAUUUGAUACCUUUUAAAAUUCAGGGUUGAAAAAAGCCCUUCUGAAUGCUGUGUAUGUCACAUUUAGAGCCACAUUUCUUUUCCCCCAUUUCUUGCUUUGCCUUAUCUAAUCAGCCUUUGCAUGCCUUAUAUGCUUCUAUGGUGUAAACGCUUUCUCUUUUGGCUCUCUUUCCACAUAGGUAGCUAUUACAUGUUCAUGGGCAGUUAGACGUGUCGACAGAUUUCAGUCAAAAAACAAAACAAAACAUGUCCUGGAAAUACUACUCAUUUAGAUAUGUUAUUUUGGCAGUUUAAAAAUACGCAAUGGCAGAUCCAGAUAUCCGUCCAUAUUUAUACAUGAUUUAUAAGGCUCUAUUUUGUGUAUUAAAGUAGAAAUGUGUUGAUCAAUCAUGCUGUAGGUAGGUGGCCAUUCUGGUUGAGAGAUUGCAUCUUUAUCCUAUCGUCUUUAAUCGGUUACGUUCAGCGCCUGUCCUAACAAAGUUGUGAAAUGAUUUAAUUGUGGUUUUAAAUGGUGUACAUUUUCAAUAAAAAAAAGUCUGAAA